AUUAUUCCAGAUAGACAUUAGACAAGCAGGGGGAGUGGACAGAGUCUGGGUUAUUGUUGAGCACGAACCGGUUUGUUCAUGUAACAUGAAUUUGUGCGAUGGCGAAAAUGUAGAGAAUCGACGGGAUGAGCAGAUUGCGCAGCCUUGAACCCAGUGCGUGCAAAUCGUCUACAUCUGUGUGGGAUCUUGAACUGUAAACAAUAGAGCCACAAAGCGCUCGCGAGCGUGCUGCACCCAAAACCAAGUUUCGUGGCGGCAUAAAUGGAUAUAGUCUCAAGGGUUUUCGAUUGUUGUUUUGCAUCCUGUAGAUGUAAAUAUUUUAACGUCAACUUGAACUGCGUCGUUUGCACGCGCGACGUCAUGCAGUGGAUGAGUGUACAAGGGAGAUGAAUCGAGGUCAGAUGAAAGGGAAUAACAAAGAGAACCUGCUCUGCAGUCUCGCGAGCAACCAUUAGCGGAAGCGGCACGUUGUUGUAGUGUUUGACAUUCGAACUUCGCAUUGUCGCUCGAGACGGGUUUGAGCCGAGGCACAGUAACCGACGGUUAGCCAUUUUGGCGUAUUUUUACCGGCUAAAAAUCUGUUACGCGAGAGACAUUUAGUUUCUCACUUGAUUUCCGCCGGCUAAACGUUAUUUCAAAUACUGAGCACGCGCGUUUGGGGAAUUACCGGUUAAACCUGGAGUUGGCCGUUGGUUAUUCACCAAUAACUGAAGAUGACGACGACGACGCUUAACAUUAUGUGAAUCGGGUGCAAGGGUUAAACUUUGUGCCCUGGCAUGACCUAAGAGUCGAAAGUGAUCAUCACAGUUAUCGUGGGCUAUUGCCCUGCCCCCUCAGGAGACCCCCUAUGUGGAUUGAAUACACCCCACAGUUUUUCACAGGAUGGAUGAGCUGGAUGUGAGGUCUCCUUUUUAUCAUCAACGUGUUUUGAUCUGUGCAUGGAUCCUGCGUUACUUUUAUCACCAAGGACUUCCUGUGCUCCUCUCCACCACUUUAGUUAGCAAGAGCAUUGACUUUAUUUGAAUUGCUGUUUUGAGAGGAGGGAGGUUUGAGUUUCCACAUCAUUAUCAUAUAUUUAUACUGCCUUUUUUUCCAUGCAUGGAUAGCAUGUAAAGUUUAACCUGACUUUUCACUCCACUGGGUGGAGAAAUGUCAGAAAAUCUCAGCAACAAGAUGGUUAAGUUCCUUCCCCCCCCUUCGAAGAAUGUCAACGGCUCCAGCUCAGACACGAUGGUGGGUGAGCGUCUUGGUGUCGAGGUCCGCCGUCGCCACCACACAAUGGAGCGGGAACUGCAGCAUCGUUUUUUCCGUCGCAGCGUCAUCAACGACUCCAAUGCUACUGCGCUGGAACUGCCCAGCAAGAACGCAAUCCUACCCAUCUCAACGGACUCCCAUGCUCUUGUUUGCGAACCACCUGCCCUGGAAACCAAAGCCGCUUCUGUGGCCACACAAGCUAAAGUGUUGGUUGCACCAGAAAAGAAGGCGGCUGCCUGUGUGGAGACUGCCGUAGAGUCAAAGCCAGUGUCGAUUGCAAAUGCCGGACAGCUUCUUUCUGCAGAAUUACCAAGUUUGGCUGCUGAGCUGAAGUCUGGAGAUAGUGUUGACGUGAAACAAGAGGAUGAGAAAGAGGACAAUGAAGAAAGUAAAGAGAAGGCACGAGUAGAGGCAGAGUUACGGGAUGCUAAGAAGGAGCAGGAUGAUAUUGAGGAAGUUGAGACAAAUGCAGUUGGGACGUCGCCGGAUGGCCGUUUCUUAAAGUUUGAUAUUGAAAUAGGACGUGGCUCUUUCAAGACCGUCUACAAGGGUCUGGAUACUGAAACCACGGUGGAGGUAGCAUGGUGUGAGUUACAGGAUCGCAAGUUAUCCAAGUCAGAGCGGCAGCGUUUUAAAGAGGAAGCUGGAAUGCUGAAAGGUCUUCAGCAUCCCAACAUAGUACGCUUCUACGACUCCUGGGAGUCAUCUUUGAAAGGGAGGAAGUGUAUUGUCCUGGUGACUGAACUCAUGACAUCUGGAACUCUCAAGACGUAUCUAAAACGGUUUAAGGAGAUGAAGAUCAAAGUCCUGCGCAGUUGGUGCCGGCAGAUUCUGAAGGGGCUGCACUUCCUUCAUACCAGGUCACCUCCCAUCAUCCACCGGGACCUCAAGUGUGACAACAUUUUCAUCACUGGACCUACUGGAUCAGUCAAGAUUGGAGACUUGGGCUUGGCUACCCUCAAGAGAGCCUCCUUUGCCAAGAGUGUCAUAGGUACCCCUGAGUUCAUGGCGCCUGAGAUGUAUGAGGAGAAGUAUGACGAGUCGGUGGAUGUGUAUGCCUUUGGGAUGUGUAUGCUGGAGAUGGCUACUUCUGAGUACCCGUACUCCGAGUGUCAGAAUGCAGCUCAGAUCUAUCGCAGAGUCACCAGCGGGGUGAAGCCUGGCAGUUUUGACAAAGUGGCUAUUCCUGAAGUGAAGGAGAUCAUUGAGGGUUGCAUACGUCAGAAUAAAGAUGAGAGGUAUUGCAUCAAGGACCUCCUAAGUCAUGCCUUUUUCCAGGAAGAGACUGGGGUUCGUGUAGAACUGGCUGAGGAGGAUGAUGGAGAGCUGGUGGCCAUAAAGUUGUUGCUGCGCAUUGAGGAUGUAAAGAAACUUAAAGGAAAAUACAAAGAGAAUGAAGCCAUUGAGUUCUCCUUUGACUUGAGUAAAGAUGUCCCAGAUGAUGUUGCCCAAGAAAUGGUCGACUCGGGCUAUGUUUGCGAGGGAGACCACAAGACCAUCGCAAAGGCCAUUAAGGACAGAGUUUCCCUGAUCUCCCGUAAGAGAGAGCAGAGAAAACUUGUGAGAGAGGAACAAGAAAAAAGGAAGAUGGAGCAGGAGAAUGAUCCCUCACAGCCUGGACCAGAUACUAACCCCACAGCCAAGCCCCCUGGUCCCGGUCUGGCCUUAGUCAUCAUAGAGUCUGAGGAACCAGAAGCAGACCAGCACCAGCAACUGCAGCAGUCUGGCGCUUCUGCUUCCACUGUAGGUUUUGUGGACCCUCAAGGUUCAGUGACUGUCCCUGAGACUCACCCUGCCCAGCCAGGCACAUCUUUCAGCACCGUACAGACUGAUCCGCAGCCACAGCACACCAUGACCCAUCCACAAAGCAUGUCGCAGCAGUUGAGCAGUACUUUGUCCCCAGUCCCCGUCCCCCAGACUGGAACUGCGGCCACACCCCAGAUGAUGGGACAGGCAGCCUCUCUGCCCCCUGCUGUUCAGCCUGCCGUCCCCCUGCAGUACCAUCAGCCACCUCAGGAUGGCAGCGCUCCCCCUCAGUCACUGCAGGGGCCUCAAGUCUUACAGGUACCACUGAGUGUGUCCCAACCGCAGCCAGUAGAGCAGACACAACCUCAAACAUCUCUGGUUCCAGCCUCCACGGAAAGUGGCCAUUCCGAUGCUGCAUCUGGUCUGAGCGAUGGGAACGAGGGCAGGCACGAGGGUCGCUCUAUGAAACGAGCCCAACGUCGUUCUGUACGCAGCCGCUCACGCCACGAAAAGAUUGCUAAGGGCAAGCUCAAUUUGCUGAAUAUUUCUAAUAUUGGUGACAGAGUCGCUGAAUGUCAGCUGGAAACCCACAACAGAAAGAUGGUCACAUUCAAGUUUGAUUUGGAUGGAGAUAAUCCUGUAGAAAUUGCUGAAAUUAUGGUCAAUAGUGAUUUUAUCUUGGAGAGCGAGCGGGAUUCCUUCAUAGACCAGGUUCGAGAGGUCAUUCAGAUUGCAGAUCAGAAAGGAAAAGCUCUGAAAAACAGCCAAACUCAGGUGAUCAAUAAUUCGGCCCAGCAAGUACCUGAAAUCUCAACAUCCAGUGUGCCUGGUGUGCCACCUAGCGUAGCAGCACAGGUUGUACAUUCAGCAGGCCGGCGCUUCAUAGUUAGUCCAGUGCCUGAAGCAAGACUUCGGGAACCUAUGUUUGGACCUCCUUCAGCAAGCACAUCAUUUGAAGACUCCGCACCAGCAUCUGAUCCCACAUCAGCCAGCAGUGUUCAGCAGGAACAAGCCAACUUUGCCCCUGGUUCAACACAGAUUUCUGUGGUACCAGCCACACCUGGAGGUCUUAACCCAGAGAUCUGUAUUCCUCCUACUUCCCAGUCAUUAUACCAGAGCCCUGUACCUGCAGCCACUGCAAAUCUGAUAACAGUCACCACUAAAGAAAUCAUUCCUACACCAUCUACCACCAAUCAGCAAACCAGUACAGGAAGGACAUCCCCUUCCCCAGCUCCAACUGAAUCACCAGAACCACGUCGGCUGUCAAGUCCUACCCCUUUCCAGACUCCUCAAAACAUUGUGGGUCAGCAGGCUGAGAGCAGUGGCUUGGAUCAAACUCAAGCUACCAUUCAGCAGGUGCAAGUCUGCCCCUCUUCUAUCCCCGUGACACAACCAACUGGGACAGAUGGUGAGAGUGAUGUACAGGGGAAGCCACCUGGAAUUGAAGACAUUCAUGCUUUAGACCAGAAGCUGCGUUCCCUUUUCAAGGACUCCUCUCAGAGCUCCUCCACUCAACCUGAUGGAUCUGGAGAGCCAUCUACAUCCUCCCCACCCAACACCAUCACUCCUGGCUUGGUCUCCAGUGUAACGCCUCCCAGUUUGUCUCUCAGUUCCAGUGGGAACUUUGCACCCGGUGCUUUUGCCUCCGUUGGGACACCUACAAGCCAUGCCCAGACUUCAUCUGCAGAUCCGUCACCACAAAGGCCACAGACCUCCACAGCUGUAAAUCAACCAGAUGGACAGACAAGCACUGAGGAGAAAGAGCUAGUGACAUCACAACUCGAAAAAGCUUUCAAACUUGGCCGAUUUCAGGUUUCUGUGGCCAGUGAUCAAGACCCAGGCAGUGCUCCAGAUCCAGCAGUAGUAGUCUCAUCUUCCUCCAUCACCCCUUCUUCAACAACAUCAUCGUCAUCCUCCUCCUCAUCACCAUCAUCUCUUUCUAGCCCUGAAAACACAGUUCAUAAAUCUCAGACCCCUCCUAGGGUCAGCCCUGAACCUGUCUCGUCUAUCACUACAGUUGGCCGCUUUCAGGUGACCUCCAGCACUGACAUCAACGUGGGCCGCUUCUCAGUGACCCCAGCAGAAGGAAAGACCUUCUUCAUAAGCUCUACUGAGGGACCGGACAUCGCUAAAGAGCCUAAAAUGAACGCUUCUAGCAUGUCCAUCACCAAUCACUACCUCAGCAGUGACAAUGAUUCUGAACCAGAAGAUGAGGGCCUUAAAGGAGAGAUAAACAAGCUCAGGGAGAGACAUAUGGUUGAGAUCCAGGCAUUACAGAAUAAACAAAAAAAGGAAAUCGAGGAACUCUUUACACGUCUGGGCAAAACGCCGCCCUCUGUGGUGGUCCCUCCCACCGUGGCCAUUGCGUCAGGAAGGCGGAGACCCACUAAGGGCAAGGGGAAUCGGUCAAGAAGUGGUAGUGGCACCGGUUCUUUUCAAGGGAACAAGCAAGCUGUACAAAGUGGUCACAAUUCAGUCAAUCAGUCUGCCACUGGGAAGACUUCAACUUCUGAAACCGCACCAAGCUCAAAUGUUCAAGUGCAAGGGACCACGAGUCCAGUAAGAGAAGAGAACGGACAGAGUCAUGACCAGGACCAAGCCCCAGCUACUAAUCUGCCACGCAAGGGCACAUUCACCGAUGACCUCCAUCAGUUGGUUGAUAACUGGGCCAGGGAUGCCAAGAACAUGAUGCCACAGAUGUUGCCACGUAAAUUCUCUGCACCAGGUCAGCUUUGUUCCAUGGGUGGUCACAUGCCGGCCAACGUCAACCCCACAACUGGACGGAAGGGUUCACUGUGUAUGAGCAAUCAGCCGUUUGGCUACACCUGUCCCACCUACAGCAUGCCUCAGUGGGCCCCGCUGUCUUCCACUGCUCCCCCUGCAGGACUACAACCGGGCUUCCUCGUUCCCUCAGGAGCUCACCAAUCUGGAAACAGCUGCGGGUCAACCAAUCUACGUACCACUCAGGCGAGCUGAAACGGCUAUUGAUGGGUUGGUACAAUGAAGAGAUAAGCUGUGCCUCAUGGGGUUGAGAUUAUUGGGCCUACUCCUUUAAGUGGACAUGUUUUAUCUGACAGUUUACAUUGGAAAGACUUCAAGGUCCAUAUAAUGUGACUCGGGUUAUUCAAAUUUGACCUAACCUGCUGUUUAACCUACUGAUAGAUGAAUGUGUACAUUUGAUAAAAGGGCACAGAAAGGGUUAAACUGGGUUAAGUUGUCUUAAACAUCAUAUAUAUAGCCUUAUGGUAUAUGGAUACCAUCCUUAUUGUAAUCAAGUCAGGCAGUGUGACCAAUGAGAUAUAGUGAUGGUGUUGCAGUUUGCCUGCAGAAGAGAUGCUGACAUGUAAGUGAAUGGAUGAAAGACUACACCACCAACACAAGUCUCAAUGGGUGCCGACUGUACGUAUCCUAGAAAUGAGUCUAGAAUGUUGGAAGAUGGAUAAAGAAGGUAGUUAGAUGUAACUGCAUUUGAGACAGUCUUCGGUUUUCAUUUACUUAAGUUGGAGUUUGAAAUCAAAGGAAGAGGAUGUGCAAUUGAGGGAGGUAAAAGUAGGGUUUUAUAGCUCUUCGUACUUGCACGUAUUUCAUAGCAUUGUUCAUUCGUGACCUUUUUUAUAUAUAUAUCAUUUAUGGUGAACUUACAAUAAUACAGUGUAUCUUAUAUAGACAGUCACCACUACUCCCUGCCCACACCCUUUUUUGUAUGUAUGUGGAUAGAUGUCUUAGUUUGGAUAUAGAUGGUCCUUGAGAGGGUGAGCAUCCUGUAUGCAUAUUAAUGAAAGCAUAUUUCUUCAUCCAAUCACAUAUUGCUUUCAUUUUGAAAGAAGCUAGCCUUAAACCACGGGAUUAUGUCUUCCCGUCUUUAAAAAGUCAUUCAAACGUCAUAGCCCAUGCAAAUGUGGUCAAUGAAAUACUUGAUUUUGGGCAAAUCAACUUUUUGGUGACCAACUUUGAGAAAAGAUUUAACAUAGUGCAUUUGACUGCAGCAACAGAAGUACAGUAUUAAACUACAGUAUACCAGCCCCAACCCAACAUUUUUUCUAUACCACAAAUUGAGUGCCAAUCGUUUGCGGAAAUGACAUCCUGUCAUCUCUGAAAUGAUCCGCUUGACUUCUCUAGAGAAGGUAAAUGUUACUGCAAUGCAGAAUACGCGCCGUUUAAGGUUUAACCGAGUGGGGA